GAGUCGCUGCCCUACCAUUCCAGUUCGCGUUUGUUGCCCGUGAAGGAUGCCUUCUGCCAACCCUAAACUAGAAAAACAAGCCUCUACGGAGGCUGUCGAACCCAUACGCCAGGCGAUUAUCGUGAUCGAGCAUAAGAUCCGUAAUUUGGAGAAGCGCAAGGGAAAGCUAGAGUCUUAUAAAGAUCUCCAGAAGCAGGGUAAGGUGUUAGACCAUGACCAAAAAAUUGCUGUUGCAAAGUACGAUGAAGUGGUCCAGACGUUGGAUCUUACCAGAGAACUCUGCAAGCAAAUUGGCGGCAUUGCUAAUGAUGCAGCCAAACAGCAGAAGAAGCUUGCCCGGAAAGAAGCUCUAGAACGUACGCAACAAGAUGUUGCAAAGGUGCGCGAGGUGUUGAUGGUUCAAGAUUGUUUGACACAACUGGGGUCAGACAAAGUUCGACAAGACUUCUUGGGUGGUACAAACGGUGCUGUGAAACUUACAGAAGACGACAUGCAGAUUCUAGACAACUUUUAUGUGGAGGUUACAUUAAAACAUCUGAACGAAGGAGCUGAGGUUUCCUUCUUACAGCAGGUGCAAAAGGUGGCUGAACAUUUUGUGGCAAUCGUUGAUGGCAAACAGAGGGAAAUAGCAGGCUCGACGUAUAGCAGAAUCAAGGAAAUUAUUAAUACUGUUCAUCAGAGUGGAUACUUUGACCAGGUUCAGGAAGCCCAGGAACAAGUUGAAGAGAUCCUGGAGACAGUGGUUGAAUCGCAGCCAGCAGAACCCUUGGUACAGGAACCAAUACCUGACGACUACAGUGGCAGUGAAAGACACAUUCCACCCCCAGAAUCGAUGAUCCCAAUUCCAAACUUUCCAGUUCCUGCCACUCCUCUCCCAGUGAUUCCUGGCAGCGCACCUGUUCCUGGCCCUAUUUCAGUUAUCCCUCAACCGAUUGUAUCGCAUGCACCAGCCCCGGUAGAAGCAUCUUACUAUACAAAUGCUCCAGCUGGAUUUGUACCACCACCUCAGCAGCAUCAGCAACCUCAGCAGCAACAACCCCAGGCACCAAGAAUCAACGAUGUUAUCGGCACACCAAAUUUUUUUUUCCUGCAAGAAUCUGAACUCGAUUCUCCGGAUGUUACAGCUCAGGCACCCGUUGUACCACACAUUCCUCCUACGGGCAAUGCACCCAUUCCUUCUCAGACUUUCACCAACCAGAAUUUUACUACUGCACCGAACGUAGUGCCCCAGCAGGUGAUAUAUCAGCAUGCACCUCAAGACAUAUCUCACAUUCCUGGGUUUGCAAAUCCUAACCCACCACCCCCGAUUCCAAUGCCACCUUCGCAUCAACAGCCUAAUCUACCAUACAGUCCUCAACAUCCAGCUGGCUUCCAACAACCACCUCAGGGCCAGCAACCACAAACAAUCCAACAACAAAAUUAUGAACAGAUAGCUAUUCAGCAGGAACCACAACCUCAGAUUGCUGAUGAUAAAGUGGAGCAAGUUCAAGAUGAACCUGCUGGAGGAGAACCAGAUCUGGCGCCAGUGGAUAAUGGGGGCGAAUGGUGUCAGCUGUCAGAAGGUGCCGGUGGAGAUUGGAAUCAGCCUGACAGCUCUCCACCAUCUCAGCAGCAACAGCAACCUAUACAACAAGCAUGGGGUGACCAACAGCGCGGUGGAUAUAGGGGCCGAGGUGGGAGAAGAGGAAACUCAAAUGGCUACAGCAGUAGAGGUAGAGGUGGAGGAGGUAGUGGAGGAUACCAACAGAACGGACGUGGAGGUGGACAAGGAACCUACUAUCGUAACAAUGAGAGCAACUACCAGAAUGGCUAUCAGCAACGGAGCUACAAUAGUGCCGAAGGUAAUGGUGGUUACAAUGGCAGUUUCAAAAGGGGCAGCGGCGGAGGCCAGAGAGGAGGGCCUAGAGGUGAUCGUGGCACAGACCGAGGAGGUCGUGGACAAUUUCGUGGUAGUCAAAGGGGUGGAAAUCGUGGUACAUAUGCACCACGUGGCAAAACUCAGGCACAACAGUAACUCUAAGGAAUGCGAGCGUAAAGAAGAAGGCAACAAAUAUUACGAUAAGAACGUUGUAUGGUUCGGUUCAAUUGCUUAUUUAUGAAAGAGCUGAAGUCAAGGGUAGUGGUAUAAGAAGGACAACUCUUCUUUGUUGUGUUUACAAAAUUUAUCUGAAUCUGUUUGAUUUGGGCUACUGCUUUCGUGAUUGUUGUGUCGAUCUUAAUCGUUUUAUUUUUUUAUUAUUUUCAUUACAAGUGAACAUGAGUUAAGUGAAGCAAUGUCUUAGGAUCUUUCCCAAAUAAGUGACUGAAUUGUUAAACUUAGCAUUGAAUUUGGUGUGCAAUAUAUUCGACGAGCUAAAAAAAAAGAACUAAUAUUCUCAAUGAUUCAAAAACAAGACUCAACAAAAUAGCGGAUCGUUAAUAAUAUGAACACAAUUACGUAGGCCAAAUUCAGUAAUAUUAACCACCUCGCAAGUAUUAUUGUGUUGUGACAGAAGGCAGUUUUCACAGGGCAACAACAGCUGAUCGACAAAGAUUAGAAAAAUAAUUUUAAUAUAAAAAAAAAACAAAAAAAAUGAAAAAAAAAAAAAACAAAAAACGAAAUAAAAAAUGAGAACUCAUACGCAUUUCACGCAAAUACAUGAACCUAUUUAAUGAGUAUCGAUAAGGUGAUUAUAGGCGUUGAUGACAUGCGUAGCGAUCUCAAUGUUAAAUGGUACUUGUAAAAUUAGAAAACAAGGCCAGUCAAAGCUUAAUUAGAAUUUGAAAAUAUUGAAUGUUCCAAAUUUUAUAUUUUACAUCAAUCAUUCAAAAUGCCUCUAAACAUUAAGAUAAUAAAAACAUAGAGAAAGAAACAUCAACAAUCCAAUAUAAAGUACCACAUGUGCUUUCUUUGUGAUUUUAUUGAUUGAUUACUGAGGGACUUCUGACAUACUUUUAUAUCAUCUGUCCACUUGUGUUAAACCAUUUCAAGUUUCAUGUAUAAUAUCAUAGAUCGCUGCGCAAUGUCAAGAUUUACGGAGAAACUAUUUACCUGAUUUCCUUUGAUCGCAGAAAAUGAAGUAUAAUUUUUUAAAAGAAAUAAAGCGAGAACGUGGAGCUUUAGCAUGUAAGUCGAGUCGAAUGUACAAUUUAUUAUGACCAGUAGCCAGCAAAGAAUAUCGUUGCAGACGCCAUACGGAGUCACGCUCGUACCGAAAAAUAAGUGAAAGAAACAUAGUACCGUUGUGUUCUAUUUCGUUUGUACAUUUUUGUUUAACAUCUCACAUACAGUUAUGUUCAAGUAUCCUACAAAUACAUUAUAAUGUAUCUUCCAAAUAAAGAUCUAAUUCAACCUGC